CACGUAAACACACGCACACUCUCCCUCUCCCUGUAUGUCUUGUUCUUCCUGCUUUUCUCAGUGACAGUAAAAAGGGAGCUAGAGAUUUGAAAACACCCAGUGGAAUCACUGCUGUGUAAGAGAGCAGUAUAGCUGCAGUGAAAAGCUGACCUAAUUUAAAUAGCAAGUGCAUUGUGACUCGGCUUAUCUUUUUAAAGAACCUAAGUGGUAUUAAAAUGAUUCUCAUCACAUCAAGCUGGAAAUGAAGCAGGGAAAUAUGAAUACUCAAAGGCUAUGAGUUUCUUAUUUUUAUUUUUCUCUACUGAACUUUUAUUUUUAGUGUAGUGCCCUCACUGUUACUUUAUUUGGGAGAGAUGCCUUCGUUUCUGCAACAGCUUCGCCUCUUGCUAUGGAAGAACGUUCUUGGGGCAAGAAGACACCCGAUAUGGUCAUGUGCUUUAAUUAUUUGGCCUCUAGCCAUAUUUAUUAUCCUGGCAAUUGUCAGAUACAAGUUUCCUCCAGAACAAAUAAAUCCAUGUUACCUUGCACCUCGGAAUCUACCAAGCACUGGGCUUCUUCCAUUUUUACAAACAAUUUUAUGUGCUUCAGACUCAGUAUGUAAGAAUGUAUCCUAUGGGUCAGAAGAUAAUUUAGCAUCAAUAUACCAGGGCAGAAUGGAAGAGUAUCCGCAAUAUUCACGUUUUGCCAGAAGUACUUCUCAGAUCCCUGACAUCAGUUUAAGGAGUAUACAACAAAUGUUGUCAGAAUUCAGCUCACUUCAGGACAAAUGGAAAGAAUUUGAAAAAAUAUUCCCAAAUCCAUCUAACAAAGCAAAUGCUAAUGGAAGAGAAGCAACCAAUCAGGACCUUACCAAGGCAUGCAGAUUUUCUCAUGAACUAAAAGUUACUUCUCAUACCUCUCUUUUGUCAAUGCACAUAUUCUGAAAAUGUCUUUUUUGCAAAAGUGUUCUAUUUU